UUAUUACGCCUUGUCCCCCUCCCACUGGCCGGCUUUGCCCUGCCCAUGUUUUCUCUGUCUCAGUCCGUCCAUCUCCUGACGUUCAAGUUCGCAGGAACGUCACGUCCGCACUUGAACUUGCAGCUCAGGGGGGUAUCGCCGUACCCCCAUCACUCUCUCUUUGCAAAAAAGUCAUGAAGAGGUCCGCACAGCAGCCCGUAGCGCGCAACGUCUCACCCUCUGUGUGAUCUGCAGUUCAUCUUUUCUUUUCCUUUUCUUUUUUUUCCUCCUAUUUGGAUGUCAGACGCAUCAAUGAAGAUAUUUCAUUUGGAGUCUACCUUUGUAGGGACGGAUUUCCCAAUGUGAACUCAGCUGAAAAGCCACCACUAAAGCAACAUGUCUCGCCGAAAGCAAGGCAAACCCCAGCACUUGAGCAAACGGGAGUUUUCGCCUGAGCCACUGUCAGGUGUUUUACUGGAGGAAGACUCUCAGAACUCCCCCAGGCUGGGUUUGGGUCAGGGUGAGCCCCUUAAAGGGGACCAGGACCUGCUGACCUGCGGCCAGUGCCACUCCCGCUUCCCCCUGGCUGACAUCCUGCUGUUCAUCGAACACAAACGGAGGCAGUGCCACGGGAGCCUCUGUAUGGACAAACCUCUGGACAGGCCUCCCUCCUCCCCCCUCGCAUCACCCCUUUCCACGUCCUCCUUGCACUCGCGCACCCACCAUCAGCACCCACGGAGGGCGCGUCCCCACCUGGGUGUGGCAUCGCCCCGGGACGAGGAUUGUUUAUCUGCACCCUUGCAAGGAAUAAUCCCAAAGCAGGAGAAUAUCACAGAUAAAGAUGAGCCCAGCAGCUACACCUGCACCAGCUGUAAGCAGCCCUUCACCAGUGCCUGGUUCCUGCUCCAGCAUGCCCAGAACACCCACGGCUUCCGCAUCUAUCUUGAGAGCAAACCUGGCAGCCCCCUGACUCCCCGUGUGGCUGCAGCUCCUGGGAUGGGGGGUGAUUGCGCCUCCUCCCAGCCUUCCCACCAUGCCGUCCACUUGGCAGAAGGCAGUCCCUACAGCCUCCUGAGGAUGCCCGGCUCUGGCUCUGGGCGGGAAUCGGCGACCACACCUCGCGAGGGCCGUUACCCCAGAACCCCUCCACUGUUCAGCCCUCCGCCACGGCACCACCUCAGCCCUGAUGACCUGGCGCUGGCAACCCACCACCCCAGCGCCUUUGACAGGGUGAUGAGGCUCAACUCUGUGCCACUAGAAGCCCCUCCGAUGGACUUCUCUAGACGUCUACGUGAGCUUGCUGGGAACGCCAACGGGGCCUCUCCGCCUCUCUCCCCUAACCGGCCCAGCCCUAUGCAACGGCUGCUGCAGCCAUUCCAGCCCGGUUCAAAACCUCCAUUUUCAGCAACGCCUCCUCUUUCAACCUCUCAGUCACCUUCUGGAUUACGCUCCACCCCCAAUCCCGUAUCCAACGCAGCCCAACCAGGCACCCCUCUCAAGGCCAAGUCUUGCGAGUUCUGCGGGAAGACCUUCAAGUUCCAGAGCAACCUUAUAGUCCACCGGCGAAGCCACACGGGGGAAAAGCCAUUCAAGUGUCACCUCUGUAACCACGCCUGCACCCAGGCCAGCAAACUGAAACGACACAUGAAGACUCACUGUCAAAACAAGUCUUCGGCGCUCAAUGCUAAAUCAGAAGACGGCCUCUCGACCGCGAGCUCCCCAGAACCUGGCACCAGCGAUCUGAUCGGCAGCGCCACAGAUGCUCUCAAGUCAGUUGUGGCCAAGUUCAAGAGUGAGAGCAAUGGCCUCAUGACGGAAAAUGGAGAAGAAGAGGAGGAAGAGGAGGAGGAAGAGGAGGAAGAGGAGGAGGAAGAGGAAGAAGAAGAGGAGGAAGGCGAGGAAGAAGAAGAGGAGGAAGGGGAGGAGGAGGAGAUGGAGACUAAGCCUGGAGUCGAAGUAGAAGAUGACAGGAAUGACUAUCGUUUCAGUCUGCGCCUAGAAGGGGCUCGCCACCACAAGAACAGUGACGCGCUGCACCCACGCCGCCGGAGCCUGUCCCGGGAGCCCGGUGACGAGGACUCGGCCCUGGAUUCAGACGUUGUUGGAACCACCACCAUCAAUGGUCUUGGCCCUUUAUCCUCUGACAGCCUGUCCAGAAAAUUGCUCAGUGGUAGGGUCAGUCCAGGUUCCCUCAGUCCCCUGUCCAAGCGCAUCAAGGUGGAAAAGGACCUUGACCCCCAAACGCCCACUAUCCCAAACACGGAGAACGUCUACUCCCAGUGGCUUGCUGGCUAUGCUGCCUCACGACAACUCAAGGACCCCUUCAUCAACUUCACUGGCGGGGACUCCAGACAAUCGCCAUUCGCCUCUUCAUCAGAGCACUCUUCAGAAAACGGCAGCUUGCGCUUCUCCACUCCGCCGGGUGAGAUGGACGGGGAGCGGUCCGCCUCAGUGCGCAGCGGCACCGGCAGCGGGGCCAGCACUCCCCACGGCGGGAGUGGGAAUUGCAGGCCGAGCUCCAAGGACAGCCGCCGCAGUGACACCUGCGAGUACUGCGGCAAAGUAUUCAAGAACUGCAGCAAUUUGACAGUGCACCGACGCAGUCACACUGGAGAGCGGCCAUACAAGUGUGACCUGUGCAGCUAUGCGUGCGCCCAGAGCUCAAAGCUAACCCGCCACAUGAAGACCCACGGACAGAUGGGCAAGGACGUGUUCAAAUGUGAAAUCUGCCACAUGCCUUUCAGUGUAUACAGCACUCUGGAGAAACACAUGAAGAAGUGGCACAACGACCGCCCUCUGUCUAGUGACAUUAAGACUGAGUAGGCAGAAAGCAGCAUGCUGGCAGCUCUCUCUCAGUUCCCCUGGCUAAAAAAGCGACCCUGGCUAACUAGCCAAUAAGUGAGGGGAAAGGACAUCAGGGUUGGACAGCAGUACACGGUACAGCCCUGUUUUUACCCCGACUGGAAAACGCUGAAUGCAUGAUCCAUCAUUUGGGGAAAUCCUAUUGCAUCAAACGCAAAACUUUUUGAGCCUUUCUAUUGUGCAAUAAUUUACACGUUUUGUAUUUUUUGUAACUGGACAGCAUGCUCUGUGUGUUUUGGCUACUUAGAGAGAAAAUUGUCCUCGGCUGGUGGGUUUGGUUGUACAUGUGUUGCUGUUGAUAUUUUUGAUUUCUUCAAGGUAAAAAAAAGUUAGUUAUGAGAACCCAUGCUGCAUACAGUACAUACUGUUUUACAUAUCAUGUACAGUUUUGUGUUCUUACAUAGUGAACAGUGUCAUAUUAUCAAAACAUCACGACAAGCAGGGUCACACUUAAAACGGAUCUUUCUGAAAGAUUUUCCAUGCAAGAUUGAGAUAAGAGAUAUAUAUAAAUAUAUAUGAAAUUUGGGCUGCCUAUCAAAUGCUAGGCACGAGCGCCGUUAAAUACUUCUUUGAAAAACAGCAAUGAAAUUAACAAUAUGGUGUGAAACAAAGAGUGCCUUGGAUAUUUUACCUGCAUUAGUUAAUCCUCCUUUUUGCUAUAAGCUCGGAGUUUCAGCUAUAGAAGAUUACAGGACAUUUUUGUGCACAUGUGGAAUAAGCAGGUCCUUGCAUCAAGCACCUGCACAACCCUGUCAUCUUGUGACUUUGCAGAGCAUAAGGAACCAGCUGAAACAAAAAACGUAAAAAAACAAAAAAACAUUAUGUGUACCUCUGGUAAAUCAUUUAUCUGCCUGACUCAUGUAUAUUGUUAUUCUCCAGAUUAUGAUUCUGUUUACUGGCAUGUUACAUGCUAAAAAAGGAGUAGGUGUGUAGAGUUCGGUUUAGGUGUUUUAUGUUUUCCGGUACAUGUGUACCAUACUGAGAGGGUAGUCUGACGAGUUGUUUUAACGUAAAGCUCUUAAUUUUCCAGAGUGUUUAUUUUCUUUGAAAAUUAAAAGGUUGCAGGGUUUUUUUUGUAAGUAGCACAGAGUUUUGUUCCUUUGGUGUCAGCCAGGCAGCAGUGUAGCCAGCAGCCACUGUGGAGACCACAAAGUGGGUUUUAGUUGUACGAAGCCAGACAGA